AUGAGCUUUGAUGUGGUGCUGACGCCUGACGAGGGCAUGUACCGGGGAGGGGCAUUUCUUUUUACCUUCACCGUGCCACCAACGUAUCCACACGAUCCACCAAAGGUUAAGUGCCUAACAAAGGUGUACCAUCCCAACAUUGACCUGGAGGGCAACGUCUGCCUCAACAUCCUUAGAGAGGACUGGAAGCCAGUGCUCACCAUCUCUUCCCUCAUAUACGGCCUCAACUUCCUCUUCCUAGCACCAAAUCCGGACGAUCCACUGAACAAGGAGGCGGCAGAGGCCAUGCAGAAUGCGCCGUCUACAUUUGCACGGCACGUUUCUGUGACCAUCACGCGGGGAGGCACCAUCGGAGGGGAGUACUUCCCUCCGGCCAGGGGAACAGCAUCAGGACAUCACCUGUAG